AAUGAACUGAUUACCUCGAGAAAUUCAACUGAAUACAACAUGUUAUCGGAUACCGGCGAGCGAUUUAAAGUCAACAGUGGUUUACUUAACGAAAUUGAAUUUUGCGUAAGCAAUGCUUUGGAAGAACAAAACAAAAUUUUGGAAGAAACAAGCUCGAAUAUUCAAGCAGCGAAAAAUGAUGUCAAUUAUACUAACGAAAACUUUGCUCAUAUUGAAAUUUUAGAUUGUAGUGAGGAUUCUAUAGGACGGCUUGUAUGUACUAUACAACCUUAUAAAAACAAUGUGCAAAAAAAAAAUAUGGAAAAACAGGAAAAACAUAUAAUAUAUAGGUUUAAAAAAAAGGAUGCAUUUGAAUUUAUUUCAAGUCAAUGGAAUGCUCAUAUAAUUGAAGCACCUUUUUCUCAUUAUGAUAAAAAUAGCCCAUUUGUUCCUGUUACGCUCUUCGGAUUUAUAUCGUAUACAAGUCUUGAGAAAGUAAUGGUCACAUUUCCUCACGAAUCUCUUUACUCUUGUCGAAAAAAUUAUAUUGCUGAAUCAACUUAUCGAAUGGUUCCCAGUAGACCGACGGGAAGCUUUAAGGUUCAAUUUAAUUUAGCGAAAUGUUUGGAAGAAAUAACCAACAAAACAGUACAUGAGAAAGCGUAUCUGUUUUAUUGUGCGUAUUCUGAUGCAAUACCGCGGAUCGAUGAUCGACCAUUGUCCGAAAUUUUGAGCAACUUUAAUGAUGAGUCAAAUAUCUCGUAUAAAAAGUCAUUGAGCGAUAUCAAAGAAAGCACCCAACCUUUUGUUAAAUGGGACCAGUGGAUUCACGAAGAUUUGAAAACACUUCAACCUUAUGCAGAAGGCGCUGAUGAAUGUCAAAAAAAAGCCAUUUGCUUAGCUUUGAGAUCCCGAGAUCUUUGUUGUAUUCAAGGACCUCCGGGAACCGGGAAAACAACAACAUUGGUUCAUUUAAUUAAAAUUCUCACCAAGAAGAAAUUAACCGUAUUAGUUUCAGCUUUUUCUAAUCGAGCUGUUGAUACUAUUUAUGAAAAGUUAGUGAAAGAAAAUAUUGAAGCUGUCAAUCUAAAGAAAAAGUUUAAUCCAAGUGAACGUUUAGCUACUUCAAAAAUACUCAGCAAGUCCAAACUGGUUUCAAAAACUAACAAAAACACUCUGGAAAUAAACAGAUUGUUAGAAGAAUCCUUUUUACAAGAUUGUUACGUUUUGUGUUUAACAUGUUCAAUGUCGCAAUUGAAUUUUUUUACUGAAAGGUUUUUAAAACAUAAAAAAAAAAGAAAAUUUGAUGUUGUUAUUGUUGAUGAAGCUUCUCAAUGUGGCAGUUUAUUUACUUGGGGACCUGCACUUUGGGGUGACCGUCUUAUAUUAACGGGAGACCAUCAACAACUAGGUCCCUCGUCUUUUGAGGAAGUAUGCUCUUUGUUAUCUAAGAGUUUAUUUGAAUCUUGCAUUGACAAAAAACAUAUUCCUAGUUAUAUGCUAAGAGUUCAGUAUAGAAUGCACCAAGAUAUUAUGACGUGGUCUUCGAAAACAUUUUAUAGUUCACAAUUAAUUGCUAACAAAUGCGUUCAAUACCGAAGUUUACGAAAUAUUCUUAAUAUGAAGGAAAAUGUUGAACCAUUCUCUUAUAACCCAUUACUCUGGAUUGAUACAUCUCAUCACCCUGACUCAAUUGAAAAUCAUUUUCCGUCAAGAGGCCUAAGGUGUAGUUAUUAUAACGGUUAUGAAGCAACGCUUUUAAUUGAAGUCCUUUUGAAAUUUAAACAAUGCUUAUUACCUCCUGCCAUGUCAAAAGUUGGUGUUAUAACACCUUUUCGAGGUCAAAUUGCUUUUAUUCAUCUUUAUUAUGAAAAUAUUCCCCAAUUACAUAACCAAUUUCCUGUGACAUCGACUGUAGAUUACUUUCAAGGAAGCGAGUGCGAUAUUGUUAUUGUGAGUCUUGUACGCUCUAAUAAUGAUGAACGUGUUGGAUUUUUAAAUAACCUAAAACGUUUAAACGUUGCGGUGACGCGAGCUAAAAGGCAGCUUAUUAUAAUAGGAGAUAGUUCCACACUUAAUACUAAUACGUCAUUACAAAACUUAUGGUUAACUGUGAACCAUUUAGGCGACGUUAUUCGUUCUUCUGUAAUCGCUAAAAGUUGUAGUAAAGUCUGUAAAAAAAUUAUUCAGAUGAUUCAUUCAAGUGAAUCUCUCGCACAGUCUGCAGUUCAAAAAUAUGGCCAAUGGAUAACUGAUAAAGAGUAAUUGUUUCUUUCUUCUUUUUACGUUGAAAAAAUAAAAUGAUUUUGACGACGUCAAUGUAUACGCCAAAUGUCCGAUCAAUGCAUGCAGCACGCGAAAAGUCCUAUUGUAGCGACGUCAUGCUACUAUCAAAAUGACCCAUCUUUGCAUGUAACGCCCGAAUAAAUCGCCCCAUUCCGGCGACGUUAUGAUAGCAUUAAAGUGUCGAUUAUUACGUGUGUCGCAUAAUUGUUGUAAAAGGCGAAUUAUCUUUUAAAACAAUUUAUUAUUUUUUGCUAUAUUUAAGAAAAUCAACUAUGAUUUUUAGAAACUC